GCUUGUUCGUGCUCCUGCUCCAAAACAGCCCGGUUUGCUGAGUAAUGACUCGUGUACAGCCUGUCCUGUUGGGAGGAAACAAAAGCUGGCUCCCAGCCGCAGGUCAGAUCAGACCCAGAGACGUGGGUCUGGCUGCUGCGGGCCUGCAUCUCCACCAGAACCAACUGUCAUUAGAUUCAGAAGAAUUCCGUUUCUGACAGGAUGAUGUGAUGCGUUCAGGGUCACCCAGGGCUAGGAGUUCAUGGUGCUGUGAACUGCUCUUCACGAUUCUGUUGCUUCCAUUGUCGGCCUUAUGGCACAACCAAGCUAAGCUGCUUUGUUAUGGGGGCCGCUUGUAAAGUCACGCUGUAAUAAUAAUGAUAAAAUAAACAAUUUUUAUUUUGAUAGUCCAGUGCCACUUACUUGCAUGUGAAUUAGCAUGUUGGCUAAAUAUUUAUCUCCUAGCUUGCUAAAUAUUUAUAGUUACCCUGCUCCCUAAAUGUCAGAGCUGUUGCUGUUAAUAUAACUUUCUCUGUGAUGUGCUUGGCUCUGUCUUUCUGUUUCAUACUGUAUCUCCAGAACAAAGGCAUCAGAGUAUUGAAUGCUGCCUUUAUGUAGCUUCAUUUGAUGGAUUGUUCUAUUAGCAGUUUGGCUGUGUUGCUCUUCUUCAAUGAAACCACCAACAGACUGGUUUCAGUGGAUCCUGGAUCAGUGUUCCGUGGUUUCUGUGUGCAUGCUCUGUCUUUUCAAACACCCAGUUGUUUGCAGCUCACACUGAUCCAGGUUCUGCUUCUGCUGGAGGUUUCUUCCUGUUACAGGAGAGUCCACAAUGCUUGCGCAGUAUGAGGGAUUAACAAUCAACUAUCCAAUUUGGGUGCAAGUAUUUCAGUAUGAAGAUAUCUACAUAAUGGUAUUAAUUUGACCAUAUAUUUAUUUAUAUUAAAAUAAGAUCUACAUGUCUAGGUUGUUUGUUGCCCAACAACUGAAUUGAUGUGAAGAUUUGACCUCAGAACACCAACUGUCAACCAUGGUGAAGGCAGCAUCAUGCUGUGGGGUUGUUUUAUUACACGUCUUUCUGGGUCGUGGCACAAAGUGUGCAAAUCCUUCAGCCUCUCUCAUUUGGACAGUUUUUUUUGGAGGGGGAAACAAAGAGCAGGACAACAAACUCUUCAGGAAGCUCAACUGGACCAACAGGAAAUAAAUCCAUUUCUAUUAACCUGAACUUGACCAGAAGGUUUGUUAAUUUGAACUGGGAUGCAUUUAUGAAGAGUUACAGUAAAAUUCGAACUUGUACAUCUGAUUCCUCAGUGAUGAUCUCAGUCCACCUUGAAAAGAAAAACACCUUUACACAUCCAUUCAGUUAGUCCAUAUUUAGUCUAAUGUAAAUAUGCCAACCUGUUACACCCUCAGCACCGCAGACUCUACCCGGUAACAGUGUUCCUUUUUAUUCAGAUCCCUCUAGUUCUGCUUCACAAUGCAGUUUAAUAUGAUCUGAUCAUGUUAGCUUGUUUCACCAGUUUUGGACUUGUUGCCCCGACCAUCCUGCCGUGGAAGUGGAGUGACGGCUGGGGUUCCUCUGGGGACACAGCUGCUAGUAUUUGCUGCAGUGCAGCCCUGAAAUUCUGACCCUGAAAACUUGGGCAGAGCACAGAAGGUUCCUCCACCGGUUCUGCGUCUGAGGCAGCAGGAGCCUCUGGUCUAGUAGGGAAUGGACCGAGGCUUCAACAGACACUGUUACACGGCGGGCCGUGUAAAUCGUGUAGCUGUCCUGUCUUGUGUUGUCAGGUCUGAACUGGUUCACAUGGACUUAAAGCUCAGACAGAGGACAGGAAAUACAGACGAUGACAAAAAUAGAGAAAUUCUUCCACACAAGGAGAAGAGCUGCUGGUUGAAGCUAACGCUCAUUUCUCACAAAACACAAACUGAUCAUUUUCUCCUGAAGAUGAUACAUUUAUCUCCUCCUUUUUACCUCUGUUUCCUUCUACCUUUCCCACCUGUCCUGGAUACGGUGAGAAAGGUAGUAGGAGACGGGAUGAUGUUCUGUAAUGCGAAAAAUAUUAGCUGGAUCCACUAAAGGGGGAUUCUGUGGAAUUUCCUUGUAGUGCAUCACUUCUUUAACACUGUGCUUGCAUAAAGAGAGCAGAGUUCAGAAGGUUUCCUGGAAGCUAACGGCCAGUCAAACCACUGAGGUUUACUGGUUUGUCUUCCUCCCUCGUGGAACAUGCACUGCACUGCAAAACAGAACACACUGAGCCUGAGUGCAGAGUAAUAUUUACUAGAUAUAUGAAAGUUUUAUAUUCUGCAGCACUUUACUUUUACAAGAGGCUCCUAAAUCGGAUCCACUCAACAUGUUCAGUUUCUCAGUGAGUGAUUUACAUGGAAAGGUACAUCAGAGUAAAUCUAACCCAUCUUUAAUGUUACUAAAAGAUGGGUCCUGAUCAUUAUCAGGAGGAAUUAUAAUAGCAUUUUUGAGAUGGGAAAAUGUUUCUUCAGACUUUGUUACUCAAACUAUGAAAACGUUUUUAUUUCAUUCCCCCCCCCCCCCAUGUUACCAUUUUAUAUUUUAUAUUCACAUCAUGGGGAUUGAGGAUGUUUUUUAUUAUUAAGCUAAGUGAAGACAUAGAGAUACAUUUGAUGUAUAUUAAUGACAUGAACUGGAUUGCUGUCAGAUUCUGUUAUGUUAAGUGAAACUCUCCAUCUAUCAGCCUGGAGGUGGAUCAGAACUCAACUCCUUUUGAUGCAGAGGAGCAGUGGCUCCACAGUAGAUCUAGAUAUCUAUGCUUCUAGACUCAGUUCUUUCUUCAACAGAACCAGCAGCCAUGAAACUGCAGAGGAGAAGGUCCAAACUCUGAAGGUCACAGUGAGGGCCGCAGUCGUGAAAACCUGCAGCUGAUGGUUGAGUACUGUGAAGGUGGAGCUGUGGAGAUAGCAGGAAGUGACGCUAACGGAAAUAAAUCCACUUAAAUCACAUCUAUAUGUUCUCUUGAUGAUCUUUGUGUGUUUGAGCGAGAGCUCGCCUUUCUCCUCUGUGUUCUCCUCUUCCUCCGUCAGACAGCUUCUCCACGUCUGUCGCUUCCUGCCCACACAGUGGGACUGUGGCUUCGUUAGAAUAUGGGUGGGCACAGCACAGGCAAUCCAUCAGCCUGCCAAAUCUGGACACACACACACACACACGCGCACACACACACACACACACUACUUCCUGUACUUCCUCUACUUCUCUUCUUCCACCAUCUCUGUCCAAAGAUGGAUUCAAGCUUUUCUGUUUCCUUUUUUCCCACCAAAGCUGAACCUCCUGGGCCUCCCACCUCUAAAUCUGCUCCCUCUGUUCUCUUGUUAACAUCCACUCAACUAUGCAGGGUGUAUUUCUUUCGCUCUCAUACAAUAUUUGGAAUCUAUUCAGCUCAGCUAGAAUAUUUACUGUGCAAAAAGGCUGGCAGCAGUGAAAUACAGCAGGGAGAUGAGCUGGAGGAAAUGAGGCUUUUAUUUCUGCUACCAAAUUUCCAUAAAAGAUUUGGUAUUUUAUUUCAUUCCCCCCCCCCCUCCAGAAAGCUGGAGGUUUCUUCCUGUUAACAGGGAGUUUUUCCUCUCCGCUGUCGCCACAUGCAUGCUCAGCAUGAGGGAUCGCUAUAAAGUAAAGUUACUGUUCGUGCCUACAGAUGCGGAUCUCUGCUUUCAGGAUGCUUGCCGUCUGCCUGUCAGAAUCACAGCAAGAGCAGAAAAACAAAUGUAGAUUUUAGUGCCUUCAUUCCUUCGUGUCUGUCCGCCCGUGCUCUUUGAUUGCCGCGGUUACAGCCAGAGAUCGCUCAGCCCUUACCAGCUCUCCGCCCAGGGAUCCAAUGAUGCUUCCUGGGCAGGGAGUCUCUGCUUGAAGUUCUGUGAAAGAGGUGUACGGAGCCUGGUGGCGGAAGCCUGUUGAAAGGCUGUUUACGUCAUUUUAAACUGCCUGAUUGUGAGCGUGAGUGGGAAUCAAAAUACUAAUAGGUAUUUUGUUCCAUAUAACUCAGUAGGAGUGUAACCGGUAAACCUUUCAUGGAUGCAAACUCAACUAAAAACCAACCUGUUUAGCAGCGAGCCCCAGUUGUGGCCUGUGGGCAUGGUUCUGAAGGGCAGCUCAGAGGCGCUGUGUCCCCCCCCAUCUCUGGAGCUGCGCCCGUCCUGCAACAAGAGCCAGCCCUCCCCUCCUCUGGGCUCCAGCUCACAGCCACACGACGGAGUCAUUUCUGAGGACAAGGAGCCCAUCAAGUACGGCGAGCUCAUCAUCCUGGGCCACAAUGGGUCACUGGCAAACGGUGACAAAGGUCGUAGAAGAAGUCGCCUUGCCCUUUAUAAGAGACCUAAAGCCAACGGGGUCAAACCGGAUGUUAUCCACAAUGUCUCAACACCACUGGUGUCAAAGGCUCUCAGCAACAAAAGCCAGCACAGCAUCUCCUACACACUGUCACGGAGCCACUCUGUCAUUGUGGAGUACACACAUGACAUCAACACAGAUAUGUUUCAAAUCGGCAGAUCUACAGAGAGCAUGAUUGACUUUGUGGUCACGGACACGGCAGGCGGCAGCAGCGGUCAUGGUGGUGGUGCAGCAGGGGAGGGUGGUGGUGGAGGUCAGUCGGCCCAAAGCACCAUCUCUCGCUACGCCUGUCGCAUCAUGUGUGAACGCAGUGCUCCCUACACGGCCCGCAUCUACGCUGCUGGCUUCGACUCCUCCAAGAACAUCUUCCUAGGGGAACGGGCUGCCAAAUGGAGGACCUCGGACGGCCUGAUGGACGGCCUCACCACCAACGGGGUUCUGGUGAUGCACCCGGCCGGAGAGUUUGUGUCUGAACCUGCUCCGGGUGUGUGGAGGGAAAUCUCAGUGUGUGGUAACGUGUUCGCCCUGAGGGAGACCCGCUCAGCCCAGCAGAGGGGGAAACUGGUUGAAAACGAGUCAAACACUCUCCAGGACGGUUCUCUCAUCGACCUGUGUGGGGCCACUCUGCUUUGGCGGACUCCUGCCGGACUGCGCCACAUCCCCACCCUCAAGCAGCUGGAGUCCCUUCGGCAGGAGCUGAACGCCGCUCGGCCCCAGUGCCCUGUUGGCUUCAAUACCCUGGCCUUCCCCAGCCUGGCCCAGCGCGAGAUUGUCGACAAGAAGCAGCCCUGGGUCUAUGUCAACUGUGGCCACGUACACGGAUACCACAACUGGGGUUAUCGCAAGGAGAAAGGGCCCACCAGCCCGGGGGGCACAGCACCAGCCGGCACUGGUGAGAGAGAGUGUCCAAUGUGUAGAAGGGUGGGCCCCUAUGUGCCUUUGUGGUUAGGCUGUGAGGGAGGAUUGUACUUGGAUGCCGGCCCCCCCACACAUGCCUUCUGCCCCUGUGGCCAUGUGUGCUCUGAAAAGACAGUAGUGGGAUGGAGCCAGAUCCCACUGCCCCACGGCACGCAUGCCUUCCACGCUGCCUGUCCCUUCUGCGGUACUUGGCUGAUAGGGGAGCAGGGCCACGUCAAACUCAUCUUCCAGGGGCCCGUCGACUGAGGCUCACACACACACAGGAGCCUCUCCCGUGAUGAAGGACUUCAGUGAAUGACUGGUGACUAAGGACUGUGUUCUUGAGCAAAAAUGUGAAUGCGCUGAUGUACAGGAAGAUGACUCCUUCCGUGAUAAAACUUAAAGCAAUAGUAGAUGCCAAGGCUUUGAAUGGAAGAGCUGUCUGGAGAAAAUGUAAAUAAAUAGUGUUGAAUUGAA